CAUGUGAGUACGAAUGCCCAAUUAGCUCUGACGUCAUACAGCUCAUUGGAGGAAACCAAAAGGAGAGGGCUUUGAAACCACGUACACUUGCCACCAUUGCUCUCCGCUGACUCCUUGCCUUGCCUUCGACCUUCUCCCUUUGAUGGAGCCUUGAUAACAACGACGACGUCUGCACUGACCAGAAGAACAGCCAGAAGAAAACUCGGUGGUAGUCUUACACUAUCUGGAGUCGAGUCAGCAAAAAGUACACAGUGUAGUCUUUGCUAUAAAGCAGAUUGUGUUGCAAAUCUUUCCUCACAAGCUUAAUUGUCGCUGAGGUUCUUGUUCAGACAAUACCAUACUCCGUUAUCCCGCCACCAGCGUAGCCAAUUAUCAUCAAAAUGCCUCAAUCUACCCAGAAUUCCAGAAGGAGAAGCCUCGUGUUUCCAGGACGAUUUGUUUUUGCCACUGCUCUGUUGGCACUUCAAGCAGAAGCUUUCUCAGGCUCGAACAAUCAGCAAUGGCGUCCCAGCACCCUGGCUCAACGAGAUUCUACCCAUGAAAUCGCCAUGACGGCGACUUUUGACAAGGUUAGCACUAGCAGUAUUGCAGCCAGCCGUCCAAAGCCUGUCGUUGUGUCAGAAGAAGCCGAGGCACUCAGUCACUCUACCACAACAAUGAAAUUGACACCCAGUUAUGAAUUAUUCCAAAUGUUGACGGAGGAAGAAGGAGGCACAGUGCCUGAGCUCACCAGCGGAAACUGUCUACGAGACGGCAGUGUCUUGAAGAAUGGUGACGAGGAUACCAUGGAAGGGGAACAACUCGCGGAGUAUAAGGGGCUGGGAGGUAGCAGAAAGAUUGAAACUCUUCCUGAUCCCUUCAAAAUGGUCGAGAAGGAACUCAAGCCCUUCGCUGACUCAAUUUCCGAGUUGGUUUCUUCUGACCAGCCCAUUCUAUCCAUGGCAGCAAAGCAUUUCUUUGAAAAGAGACAUGGAAAACGAUUUCGUCCCACCAUUGUUCAGCUGGUAGCAAAGGCAGUGGCUGCUGCUGAACCGGAGGCAAUCCUCCAAGAUGACGGGGAAACAUUCACUUCUGAAUUUUUGCUCAACAAAGAUCCGUCAGACUUUGAAAAGACUGGAGGUGUAGCCGGAUGGCAAUGGAGUGGAGCGUCCAAAAUUGAUGUAGAGGGGGGGAUGAUCACACCAGAAAACCACAAAGGAUCCGAUGUGUGGCGAAAGCAGGCGCAACUGGGACAAAUUGUCGAAAUGAUUCACGUAGCCUCGUUGAUUCACGAUGAUGUUCUGGAUGAAGCCGACACACGUCGUGGUGGUGAAGCUGUGCACAAGCUCUAUUCGAAUAAGGUUGCUGUGCUCGCUGGGGAUUACCUUCUCGCCCGAGCAUCUGUACUUCUUGCUCGACUAGAAAAUACUGCCGUUGUGCAGAUCAUGGCCACUGCACUGGAAUCACUGGUUGCUGGAGAAAUCAUGCAGCUCAAGAGUGCUCCAGAAACUUUACUGGAAAUGGAAACAUACCUUCGAAAAUCCUACUACAAGACUGCUUCCUUGAUAUGCUAUGCUGCUCGCUCCACAGCGUUGCUCGGAGGGCAUGCAUACGGCUCCACCGUUGCUACGGCUUGUGAAGAAUUUGGAUUCCACUUAGGUCUGGCGUAUCAGAUUCAAGACGACAUUUUGGAUUUCACCGCUGCCGCCACCGUUCUGGGUAAACCGGCUCUGGCUGACAUGGACUUGGGUUUGAGUACAGCUCCAAUCUUGUACGCUGCACAAGAAGCUCCCCACCUGCGACCACUCGUCAUGAGGCGAUUCAAGCAGAAGGGCGACAAGAAGGCUGCACUCGAAGCACUGUAUAAGAGUCCCACUGCCAUGAACAAGGCUAAGGAAUUGGCCAAGUUCCAUGCACAGCGAGCGGUGGAUGCUCUGCUACGCUUGCCACAAUCGGAAUCGCGUGAUGCUUUGGUUCGGUUGACUCAUGCUGUAGUAACACGAAAGAAGUAGAUGGCCACAUCGGAAAGAGGUGCGACCCGACUCGACUCGACUCGUCCAAGCAGCUCCUGCACUACAAAUAGAGGGAGAAUACAAUGCCUUCAAAACUAAAAUGCAACAGAAACAACAACGAUGUACAGAACCGAAACUCCCUCAAACACAAUGCACUACUGCGAGGCAAUGAAAAGAUUACACUACUACUACUUUGCGAUAGAAAAUUGUCUAGUGAACCACUUUAUAAAUAAAAAAAUGAGCG